AUGUUGCAGGUUCAAUGGCCAUUAUCCCUUGUUAUAUCAAGAAAAACCUUAACAAAGUAUCAGUUGAUUUUCCGCUUUUUGUUUAGCUGUAAACACGUGAACCGGCAGCUCUGUGGGGCUUGGCAAGUACAUCAAGGUGUCCGUGCACUUGACAUUCAAGGAACUGCAAUCUCUGCUUCAUCUUUGCUAUGUCGUAGUAUGCUUAAAUUUAUAAACAGUCUUGUCCACUACCUAACAUUUGAGGUUCUUGAACCCAAUUGGCAUGUGAUGCAUAACAGACUUCAAACUGCGAAGAGCAUAGACGAGGUCAUCCAACACCAUGAUUUUUUCCUUGAAAAGUGCCUGAGAGAAUGUUUGCUUCUUUCACCUGUCCUCCUUAAGAAGGUGGAGAGGUUAAAAUUGAUAUGCCUUCAGUAUGCUGUAGCAACUCAGUGGCUGAUUACAUCUUCCAUUGACAUUCCCAAAGCAGGCAUUGAAAACACGCGAGUCAUUGAAUCUAUCAUGAAAUUUGAGAGGGAAUUUACUGCUGAGCUUCAGAGUCUGGGGCCAAUAUUGAGCAGCAGUUCCCAAGCAGAGCCCUAUUUGACUCAUCUUGCCCAAUUGAUUAUUGGGGUUGGUUGGGACCAGUAAGUUCUUAUACAUUUGCUCUAUUGUGAUAUUUACAAGUAAAUGUCUCCUAUGAGAUGAUAACAAGAACUGUGUAUAUUGAUCCACCUCCUGUUUUUUGGCCAGUCAUUGGUUGUACCUACAGAUAGAAUUACCUCCCCCCCCCCCCCC